UGCUCCUUGGAAUCAUAUCCAAUUAGAACAUGCAAUAAUUACUGGAUGUCACAGAAUUCUCUAUAUGCCAAUCUAACAAGAAUAAAAGAUAUCAUCGAUGUGGAGAAAUUACUAAUGGGGAUGGCUAUACAAUUAUGCGAAGAGGAGGAUCAUAAAAUCGUGGAAGAUCUACGGGGUAGUUUAUUCGGUCCACUAGAAUUUUCUAGAAGAGAUUUGAUGGCACUUAAUAUUCAGAGAGGACGUGACCAUGGGGUACCUGAUUAUAAUAGCGCUCGUCGUGCUUAUGGUCUAGCGGAAGUUAAAAACGUAUCUCAUUUUAAUCGCGUGGAUAUAUCGAUCCGAGAGAAGUUUCUCAGAUUAUACAACAAUUCGUUCGAUGACGUGGAUGUUUGGGUAGGCGGAAUAUUAGAGACUGAUGACGGACCCGGAGAAUUAUUUCAAAGAAUCAUACGUGAUCAAUUUCAACGAAUACGUGACGGUGAUAGGUUUUGGUAUAACAAUACCUCAAAUGGACUUUUCACCGAUGAUGAAAUUGGAAGACUAGAACAAUUAUCGUUUUACGAUGUGCUAAUGUGUACCACUAAGAUGGACUGGAAUGAUAUUCCAAAGAAUCCUUUUAGAGUUCCUAUCUCAGACAGUGAUAUACAUCCUAGUUGUAUUAAUAAUAAAAUUGUGAAAGAAGGUAAAUGUACUAAGAGCCCCUGUUUUCACGCCGAUCAAAUAAGCGAACAUACAAUUGAGAAUUGCACACAACCUGGAACUUACGACUAUUUCUCAAAUAGCGGCAUGUCUUUCGUCUUUACAUUUUUGGGCAUAACAACAUUAUUCUGUGGUUUUAUUACAUUAAUCGUUUUUAAAAUACAAGUGAAAAACAAAAAAAUAUCAAACGAAAAUAUUAGAAAAGCAGACCACAAUGAUAUAGAUAUUAUACAUACUGCUAGCGAAUGGCAAGAACCAAAAGCUUCACUGAGAUGUGUACUAUUAAUGCCAAAUGUAAGAAAAAAGCAACUAGAAGUGAAAAAUCAAUUGGGGCACAUGAUACGCGCCGUGGAUUUUCCAUCUAAUAGCAACGUCAUGAUGUAUUGCGCAUCUGACAGUCAUUAUUUAUUGAUUCGUGUACGUAACAGUUACGAUUUAGUACUCAAGUUUGAUUCCGAUUUUUUAAGAAAUGCAUUUAUAAAAGCAUUCGAAAAAUUUAUAUCAGAAAUUGUAAUACCUCAAGAUGCAUGCUCAGUACAAAUGGCUAAUAUCACGCACGCAGCAUUACUCAAGCAGGCAAUAACCAAGAAGCACCGUCAAAAAAAAGUAGAAAUGUUUUUCCGAGUAGUAUUUGCACAGGCAUUUCAUAUCGCACAUACAGAAGAAGAGAUCUUACAAAUAGAUUCAACAGUAGCACGAGAAGUAAUUUACACCGAAUUGACUAUUAUAGAAUUUGCAGAAGCCCUAAGUAUGAGACCAGAUGCCGAGUUUGUAAAAAAAAUAUUUUAUCUAGUGGAUAAAGAUAAGAAUGGCUUCAUAUCGUUUCGGGAGUUUGUUGAUAUGUUGGUGAUAUUUCUAAAGGGCUCUGCUGAAGACAAGAUGAAGUUGAUGUUUGAUAUGUAUGAUAUCAAUGGUACGGGAAAACUAAAGAGAGUAGAAUUCUCAGAUAUGUUAAGAUCAUUUAUGGAGACUGUCAAUACUAAUGUUACGGAUGAUGAACUGGAAAAUUUGGUGCAGUCCAUGAUGGAUCACGCUGAUUUGGAGAAUAAAGAAAUUAUAGAUCUACAAGACUUUCAGCAGAUAUUAAGUGACUUUAAUGACAAAUUUAAUUACGCAGAAUUAGAAUUCAACGUAUCUACGAACGAAAAAAACAACAGGAAAUUGCACGCAAGCGUGAAAACAAUCAGGUCAACAUUUAUUGGCGAAGUACAAAAGACGGUGGAGAGUCUAUAUGCGGACCCAAGCGAAUUACAAUCCAGAGUUGAAGGCAAAGUUGAAAACGAACAAGAUACAAAAGAAGAGAACAGUAAUAGCGAAAUUAUCAACAAAGAUGAAAAAAUUAUCGAGGAAAUGAAGAAACGCUCGGACGAUUAUUGGUAUCCUAUAAUGAAAUACCUCGCCAAUAAACGAUUGCAAAUAUUCUGGGCAUGUUUAUACACUUUGUUACUACUUGGGAUUUUCGCAGAACGAGUAUAUUAUUACUCUGUACAACGGGAACAUACUGGUUUAAGAAGAAUAUUAGGCUAUGGCUUAACUAUAACGAGAGGUGCUGCGUCAGCUAUGAUGUUUACCUAUUCUACGUUAUUAAUUACGAUAUGUCACAACACUAUCACUUUUCUAAGAACUACAAUUCUGCAAUUCUAUAUUCCUUUUGAUUCAGCGAUCGAAAUGCACAAAUAUAUCGCUUAUUGGGCAUUAUUGUUUACUGUGUUACAUGUUGUUGGACAUGGCUUCAACUUUUAUCACAUAUCUACACAAACUGCUGAUGAUUUGACGUGUUUAUUUCGCAAUUAUUUUCAUGCAACGCACGAACUUCCCAAGUUUCACUAUUGGUGUUGGAGUACAAUAACAGGUAUAACGGGAGUAUUUUUAACCAUUUUGACUGGAUUAAUAUUUGUGUGUUCAUUAUCGAUAGUACGCAAGUCAUUCUACAAUUGGUUCUCCUUUGUACAUUCCUUGUACCCAGUUUUCUAUGUACUAAUGAUUUUACAUGGCAGUGGAAGAUUAGUACAAGACCCAUACUUUCAUUAUUUCCUUCUCGGUCCAGUCAUUCUAUUUAUUCUUGAUAAAGUCGUAACAGUAACUAGAACAACGACAGAAAUACCAAUCCUCCAAGCAGAAAUUCUACCAUCAGAUGUAACAUGUAUAACAUUUUUCAAACCAUUAAAUUUUCAAUAUAAAUCUGGCCAGUGGAUUAGAAUAGCAUGUCUGGCGUUACAAACAAAUGAAUAUCAUCCGUUUACUUUAUCUUCUGCACCACAUGAAACAUGUUUAAGUAUACAUAUACGUGCGGUUGGACCAUGGACCACAAAUAUCAGGGAAAAACUAGAGUCAUGCAUUAUGUCUAAUGAAAACUUACCAAUGGUUCACAUAGAUGGUCCAUAUGGAGAAGGUCACCAAGAUUGGGAUAAAUAUCAAGUAGCAAUCAUGAUAGGUGGAGGUAUAGGGGUCACACCCUUUGCAUCAAUACUUAAAGAUAUCGUUUUUAAAUCAAAUUGCCAUUUAAACUUUGGUUGCAAGAAGGUAUAUUUCCUUUGGGUAACAAAAACGCAAAAACAAUUUGAAUGGAUGGUCGAUAUAUUGAGAGAGCUCGAAAAAGUAGAUGUGAAAAACACAGUCUCUAUUCAUAUUUUUGUUUCUCAAUUUUAUCAAAAAUUUGACCUACGUACAAUACUUUUGUAUAUUUGUGAACGUCAUUUCCAAAAGAUUUCAAAUAAAUCUCUGUUUACUGGCUUAAAGGCUGUAACACAUUUUGGACGACCCAAAUUUUCUCAAUUUUUUCGAUCUAUACAGAAGUUGCAUCCUACUACAAAUAAGAUUGGUGUUUUCAGUUGCGGUACACCAGCUAUGACACAAGCAGUAGAUGCAGCUUGUAAAGCAAUUAAUCUAACAGAAAUUAAUGAUACAUUAUUUCAACAUCAUUAUAAAAGCUUCUAA